AUGGGCAAGCUGACGGAGAAGCAGGCGUACCCGAACGCGGCACCAAAGACGCAUUCGUACGGCAGCGUCAUCGUCGUGGGCAGCGUCGCGGGGACGUAUGGCGGGUGCUGGGGCCCGGCGUACACCAUGGCGUCGCACGCGGCGCUGGGGGUCGUGAGGGCCGGCGUCGCUGUGCUCAAGGGCACGGGCGUCAGGGUGAACUGCAUUUCGCCGGGUCAAAUUGACGUCGGGGUCAACCUGCACGGGACCGACGUCAAGGGAAUGAAUGCGCAGUUCCCUCCGGCGAGCUUGCAGACCAAGGAAGCGUCGGAGGCGACCGUCGGCUUGGAGCGGGCGGGGAACCCCGAGGAGGUCGCGAGAGUCGCGGGCUUCCUGGCCUCGGGCUUCUCGUCGUACGUCAAUGGUGCCAACCUCAUCGUUGACGGUGGUGCAUCUGUCAUGAACCCUCUGACGAUUCCCAUUUGA